GUGUCACCACUGCUGGAAACCGAAGUCAGCAAAAGAAAGAUCAUUUCAAUUGAAGAAGACGGAAAUGUGGUGGAAGUUAAACUCUGGAAUGAGGAAAGCAACAAAGAGUGCCCUGUAGGAGAAAUUGUCAAGCUGAAAUGUCUGUCUGUGGAUAUUUACAAGGAUAAAUAUUCAUUAAAUUCAACCAAAAACACAACCUGUGAGAUUCUGCAGGAGGAUGACGACUUUGCUGGAACAAUUGAAGCUGCAAAUUUUGAUCAAGCUGGACAAAGCGUAUACAUUAAUGGUAUGAUUCUGAAAGUAGAGGAGAGAGACCUCGACAGAAUUUUUCCUUUGGGAAUGUUCACAGAGAAUGUCUCAAUUGCUGGGAAAAAAAGGGGCUCCACAAUAACAACCAUUGAGACAAUCACCCACAAAGAUUCUGAUUGAAUUGAAGGCAAAUUCGAAAAAGAUGGUUACCAGAGGAGAAGAUGAUCAAGGCAUUGAUUACAGCCAAGUAGCUGAGCCUGUCAGUAAUUCCGUAGAGUUCCAUAGAAAACCAAUCAAUGUAGGAAUAGAAGUGUUAAUUUUUUAAUGUGACUGUCAUCCAUGACCAUUCCAAUUGAAUAAAGAAAGAGCAGGUUUUCUGACACCAUAACUAGAACAGAAGAUGUUCAAGAUUGGAAACUGUAGCUUUAAAUCAGCUAAAUAGCUAUAAGUAAGGCCAAAAAUAUAUACUUUUGUUUCCAGUCACUUAACUGUCCCUACAUUUUACCACCUGACCCAAAAAGUUUUUAUGGCAGAUAUUGUGAUCCAUAAAAAACAAGUAUUAUUCCCCUUAAUUUCUCUGAAAAUGAUCCCAUUUGUUUUUUUAUCACAGUACAUGCAAAAAUUAAAAUGUCUUAAAUAAGUAUGUAGAUUUACUUUGAAAACAGAUAAAAAUGUACUGGUAAUGGCAGCUAUUACUGAAUGAAAGGUCUGACUAAUAUCAGAAAUAAAACCUUAUUUGUUUAAAUAAUAGCAUCAUAAAAC